AUGUGGCUGGACCGUUUCUCCGCCCACCCCCCCGCCUCUGGUGCUUCGACCCCCAGCACUCGCGGCUACUCUCCCGCCCGUCGUUCCCAGCACCAGCAACAUCUUGCCGCUGCUACCCAGCCAAACCGCCCCGCCUUCAGUCCUCGAUCCUCCUCGCUCUCCCUCUCCCUGGCCACUACUCCAAAUGCUUCCUCCACCUCCCUCCCCAGUAACCUGCGCCAGGCUAAUGGCUCCUCCUCCCUCCACAGACAGAAUAGCUCGAAACUCGACCAACAUCCUACUGGUUCUGCCGUUGUAGAUCCACUCGAGGUGCUGUACAAUAUCAUCGGGAAACGGCCCGAGGCUGAGAGAGAUGGAUAUACAGAUACUACCCCAACUAUUUCUGUCGUGCAUGCUGCGGCUGAUGGACCUGCUGCUGGCAAGCCGGAAUGCCUAGUCGAGGAUAUUGAUUUUGGAGAGAUGGGUUUGGAGGAAUUUGUACAGCAGAAGGAGGUCGGGGGGGGAAAGGAGAGAAAGUCCAAAAGACACGUCAACGUCCAGACUAUCGAGCAGUAUGAAAAGGAAAGGAAUAGGUUUCAGGAACUGCACGGCGCAAUCAGCGGUUGCGAUGACGUUUUGAAAUCAGUGGAAUCCUACCUGUCCAGAUUCCGGACCGACCUGGGGGUAGUCUCUGCGGAAAUCGAGUCGCUACAAUCUCGAUCUGCCCAGCUGAACUCCCAACUAGGAAACAGACGGAAUCUUGAACGGCUACUCGGCCCAGCAGUCGAAGAAGUUAGCAUAUCCCCGAAAGCUGUGCGUCUAAUUUCAGAGGGACCCAUCAGCCAGGAAUGGGUGAAAGCUCUUAAUGAGGUUGAGACUAGAUCAGCCUAUAUCGAAGCAAACGCAUCCACUGCCAAUAAUGUCAAGGCUGUCGAGGAUAUUAAACCGUUAUUAUCCGAUCUCAAGGCGAAGGCCAUUGAACGAAUCCGAGAUUACUUGGUCGCACAGAUAAAAGCGAUUCGAUCGCCCAACAUCAACGCUCAGAUUAUCCAGCAGCAAUCCCUGAUUAAAUACAAAGACUUGUACGGCUUUUUAUCUAGAAACCACCCAGCUCUCGCAGGCGAGAUCAUCCAAGCCUACAUCAACACAAUGAGAUGGUAUUACCUAUCCAACUUCACCCGUUACCAUCAGGCACUGGAGAAGCUUAAAGUCCAUUCUGCGGAGCGCAAUGAUCUCCUGGGUGGUGACCCGAACGUGCAGAGAGGAUCAAAUAUAUUCCCCGGCGGUCGCAACCCAACCUACGACCCCUUUGCCCUCGGCCGGCGUAUGGACGUUUUAAAAUCCUCCAACCGCACCGCCCUCCCUUCCUACCUUGCCGAAGAAAACGCCAGCCAUGCAACAGCAGCCACAAUUACAAACGUCAACCCCAAAACCCAACCGGUAAUCCACGGCCUCGAAACCCCCUUUCGAAACUUUAACCUAGCCCUAAUCGAUAACAUCUCCGCCGAAUACUCCUUCGUAACCGAAAUGUUCGUCACAAAAACGCAGUCGCUACACACCAGUUCUCGGCGCGUAAUCGAGAUAUUCGAUCCCGUUUUCGCCAUCGGUCACACACUGACAAAACACCUAAUUGACUCGUCGACCGAUUGCUUGGGUAUCCUGCUCUGCGUCCGCCUGAAUCAGCACUUCGCCUUCGAGCUACAGCGCCGCAAAGUCCCCGUCGCAGACAACUAUAUCAACGGGAUCAACAUGCUCCUCUGGCCCCGUUUCCAGAUGGUGAUGGAUCUAAACACCGAAUCCAUCAAACGCGUUGCCGCGAAUACUGCCGGCAACAUCAGCUCCGCCCUCUCCCUCUCCCUCUCAGACGCCACAAACACAAGCAGUACUUCCUCCUCAUCCUCAUCAUCAGCCCCACAUUUUCUCACCCAGCGCUUCGGCCAGUUCCUACAGGGCAUAUUAGCACUAAGCAGCGAGGCAGGCGACGAUGAGCCUGUCUCGAAUAGCCUGGCGCGGUUACGGGCGGAAUUUGAUGCGUUGUUAAUUAAAUUAGCGAGGGCGGCGAAUGGUGGGGAUGGAAAGGGCCGGGAGAGAUUUCUGUCAAGUAAUUAUUCGUUGAUCGGGACUAUUAUAAGUGAUACGAAGGGGAGGUUGGCGGAGGAGGUGAAGGAGGGGCGCGUGCCUCAAAUUUCCCCGAUGCAGAAGAUGCCGAUGCCGAAAACUAAACCAAAUUGGGCUGGGCGCAUUGCCGAACUUCUCGGCUCAUUCCAUCGGCCCCAUCCCCAUCCCGUACCCCACCCAUCAUCAUCAUCAUCAUCAUCAUCAUCAUCAUCAUCACCAUCAUCAAACAGCCAUAAAUCCCAACCGCAAUCACAAAACCGCCCUAACUCAAGUAACAAUAAACAGGUAAUCGGCGGCGGCAUAAUCGGCCUCUCCAUCGCCCGCCACCUCGCCCUCACCCGCCCAAACACAACCACAAUCCUCCUCGAACGCCACCCCGCCCUCGGCACAGAAACAACCAGCCGAAACUCAGAAGUCAUCCACGCAGGCCUCUACUACCCGCCCGCCUCGCUGAAAACCCAACUCUGCAUCCGCGGCAAACACCUCCUCUACAGCCUCUGCGCCAGCCCCUCGCACAACAUCCCCCACAAGCGCACGUCGAAGUGGAUCCUGGCGCAGGACGCGGAGCAGCGGGAGCGCCUGCAGCGCCUGCAUGAGCAUGCGGAGCGGCUGGGGGUCCCGACGCGGUUUUUGGGAACGGCGGAGAUGGCGAGGCGGGAGCCGGAUGUGAGGGCGCGGGCGGGCGUGUUGGAGAGUCCCAGCACGGGCAUUGUGGACAGCCAUGCGCUUAUGGCGCGUUUGCAUGGGGAGUUUGAGGAGGGCGGGGGCGAUGUUGCAUUGUUAACGGCUGUGAGCGGGGUGGAGAAGAUGGGGCCUGGUGGGGGGUAUAGGAUAUAUACGCGCCCGGCUGGGCCGGGGAGAGAAGCUGAGGUAGCGGGCUGGGUGGAGGGAGCGGACGGGGAAGAAGAGACUACGAUUACGGCCGAGACGGUCAUCAAUGCCGCCGGCCAUAACGCCUGCUCUAUCUCGAAUAUGCUCCUCCCUCCCGCCCGCCAUGUCCACCCUGCGUACGCGAAGGGGACGUAUUUCUCCUACGCCGCAUCGAGCCCCAAGCCGCGCACCCUGCUCUACCCGGCGCCCAAGCCGGGGCUGGGCGGGUUGGGUACGCAUCUUACGCUGGAUAUGACGGGCCAGGUACGGUUCGGUCCGGAUGUGGAGUGGGUUGAUGGGCCGGAGGAUCUGGUGCCGAACGUGGGUAGGCUCGAAGAGGCUGUGAGGGAAAUUCGUGAGUAUUUGCCCGGUGUACGGCCGGAGGCGAUUGGGUUGGAUUACUGCGGAGUGAGGCCGAAGUUGGCGGGGAAGGAAGGGGAGGAUAAGGGUGCGUUUAGGGAUUUUGUGAUUAGGGAGGAGGAAGGGUUUGAGGGGUUUGUGAAUCUGUUGGGGAUUGAGAGUCCUGGGCUGACGAGUGCGUUGGCGAUUGGGGAGAGGGUUGGGGAGUUGUUGUAUGGGUAG